AUGACAGUGGAUUCCCCAGAAUCGAAAGAUCGCGCCUGGUUGUGUAAGCUCCUCGUCGUACUCGCGCUUGCAGAGUCAGUCGAUGUCGGUAGGCAACCCGAGAUAACUCUGAAUCUUUAUGACCCUAUAUCACGGCCACUGAGCCAAAAUAUAUCAUCGCAAUACGUCCCCAUCCCUGGGCAGGAGUUUUUCGAACAGGCCUUGAUGAUACUGAAAAUCUCUUACGAAAAUACCACGGUUGACCACGUUGAGAUUUUGAACUUGAUAGCCCUCUACUCAAACCAGCUCAACAGGCAAAAAGCUGCAUACAAUUAUGCAGGAGCAAGUGCAAGAAUAUGUAACACGUUGCAGUUGCAUAAGGUGUCUGCGUCGAUUGACUGUUCAUCGGCUGAGCGAGAGCAUAGGAAACGUCUAUGGUGGUCAACAUACUGUCUCGACAGAAUGACCAGCACGUUUACGGGCUUGCCGCCUGCUCUUGAGGUUGAUCAAACUGACCUUGCAUAUCCUAAGCAACCUGAAGAUUCACCAGAUGACGCCGAGGAGUUUAGCGAUGCCGACUUUCUAACUGCCCGUAUACAGCUCACUAUAAUUCAAACAAGAAAUUUGAAGAGCGUGUCUCACAUCGGCCUUGACGAUGCACAAGAUAUCAAAACCGUGCUUCGUCCCAACCUGCGAAGACUUGAAUCCUGGAGAGAAAGCCUGCCAGCUCAUAUGAUUUCCGAGACUGGAAAUGAUACAAAUGAGCCUACAAAAUCACUACCCUCCAAGCGUUCUCUGGCCAACAUGCACCUGCGCUUCAACCAUUGCAUAAUACUUUUACUACGGCCACUUAUUCUUAGACAAGUAGCUUGUAUAUUUUCGAACGAGAAAUCAAAUGCAGCCCAGGAGGAUCUAGAAUAUAUUAAUAACAACUGCCUCAAGUCAGCGCGGUCAAAUGUGCUCAUCAUGAUCAACGUACGGUCCGCUGGUUUAAUUACACGACUCGGGUUUAUGGAAAAUAUGCAUUUAUUCACAAGCUUAAUGAUCCUCUGUUUAGCUAUGUCAGUCAAUGCACGGCGACCUGGAAGCUUCAAAGAAACACCGAAUGAUAUAAAAACAUAUCAAGCGGGUAAAAAUGUCCUUUCUUAUAUGAUGACAUGUGGAAGCUUCGCUGCAAAGGGAAAUCUGAAUAUGUUAAAAGAAGUCGAGGAUCUAGGAAUCACGAUUGCAACGGAAAGCGGAGGAGUAGAUGCUGAUGAGGGAAAUCAAUGGGAUAUUGAAGAGUGGGUGACACAGUUGUUUGAGAGCGAGGACAUGCUAGGCUCCUGUGGUUUACAUAAUAGUGCAUGA